AUGAUUAGCUUUCUAUAUAUAUUGUUUUACAUACUCCUCCCAGACCUCCACUCCAUCCUCGCAUCUCCACCUCAAUGUCCUCUUUCACAUUCUACCAUCACCGUCACAACCACAACCACAACCACAUACCUCUCCAUCACGACAUCCACCACAACAAGAAGCAGAACCAAGCAUCCCUGUUUCCAACACGAAGCACCCGCUAGCUGUUUCGUCACCACGUACUCAACCACCACGCCAUUCACAUGGCCAGCCGUCGGUACACCCACGAAAACUCGUGCUUACAAGCCCGAAUUUACACCAAUGAAGGAUCUUCCACUUGCCCCUGGUACUUCUGGAUCUUGUGAGAGGUACACGAACCGUUUGGGUAAGUCGGAUAGGAUUAACAUAUGUUUCUUUGUUGCGCAUUUUUAUGAAGUCAAUGUGCAUGAUUUCAUCGCGUGGAAUCCAUCACUUACAUUGGAUGCCAAAAAUACUAGUUCGUGUGUGCUUGCUCCGGGGUAUCGUUAUUGUCUUGGAGGAAGCACAGUCUGAUUAGAUGGGACUUCUUCUGGCGCCUCUUAGAUAACAUAUGUUGAAAG